GCUCUAACAGACACCAACGGUGUCCCGGGAUGGUACGGUUCCGACAACGAGGCUGAACUGCUGGCUGCUUCAAUCAUCCUCCCCUUCUUAAACUGAACACGAUGUUAGCGAAUGCUACAGGAGAAGUGUUCAGACUGGCAAAAUCAAGUGUUAUUCAGGCAUCUUUCACGUUGUUAACCUUCCCAGUCCAUUUGCUGGGUCGCAUACGGAGGUUGGGCGCAGAUGACAGAUGGAUACAUAGUUCGGAGAGUUCGUUUGCCUUCGCAGGAAGGCAUGACCUGCACUCCAAUGAAGUCUUAUUAUCACAGUCUCUUCCUCCACCCGUCUCCACCCCUUUGCCAGGUCCAUGGAGCUUUCUGACAUCUUGGUAUGUUUUUGGAUUAAUCGUGAUGGCAGUUCUCUUACAUCGUAUACGGAACAUCGUAGUCCCUAGGGACCAGUUCAUCAACCGUUUUACUCGCACCACAAGGCUUCGUACAUUCCCGUACUCUGCCAUUCCUUCGGUUUUCCCCUUGGAUUUAUCGUCUUCAAUAAGUCGUCUCGUGCUGCGUUUGCCCUCACUAUACUUCAUUUUCAAGAUGGUCGUUAUAUGGCUCAUUGUCCUCGCUCAAGCAGCAGACAAGUUUCCAACGUGGAACUCGUCGUGGUUGCAGUCAGUGGGGACUUAUGUCGCCCAAAGAGAAACGGCAGACCUCUGCUGGUCCACUUUUUGCGCUGUCUGCGGUGUUUUAUGCAUGGAAGGAUUAACACAUGGUUUAGAAGGCGGAGCGCACCGCCCUUCGCCAUUUAAUCUGCUCGGUUAUGCAUUUGUUUUGCACACCUAUUCUUCCCCAGUGACUCACUGGAUAAUGCUUGAAGGCUCGACUUCACGGCCAGACAAGCACGUCGUAUUCACCAUUCUAUUACCUUUGCUUCAGCUCGCAAUCAUUCACUUGAUUGGGAUCAAGCAAGAUUGGUCAUCCCAUCGCCUCAUUCCAUCAGCGUUUGUGUCGUUUCUUGCACUCACCCACUUCCAUUCAGUUCUAUGGCUAUCGGAUUCAUCUUAUCCUCUGCUCAACUACGUGCCUUGCCUGUUUGAAUCUACCCUUCUAGCUGUUGUAUUUCUAGCUCUUUUCCUCAAUGCCUUUACCCAAAUUGCUACAGAGGGUACGGUCUCCCGUCUCCUAUUUGGCCACCAAGCUGCUCUUCUUCCCCAAUGGGAUGAGGACUUCUCGGUUGCAUUGUUACGCUUGGGUACGGCAAGUCUCGAGGUAUCGAGCGUAUUGGGCCUUGGGAACCAAGUAGGGGGUAUUGCUGCGGUCAUGCCUCUUCCCUUGAACGACGGAACUGUGGAAUUGAAUCGCUCAGGGAUGGCUUCGCUUUCUCCGGCCGUCGAAGGCUCCAUCAAACACCGUCGUUUCAAGAAAGGUUUUUCUAAUGAAAUCAAGACCGUCAAGGUUACAACCACUGGAGGGAAUGUUUGGGUGGAUAUGGCUUGGUGCAGGGAGCUUGGGAGGCUCGGAGUGAGUGUGGUGCGAUGUGUCAGAGGGCUGAUAAUAAAAUCUUGGAAUGUACUCAAACGGAAGUCGCGAAAGCCGCCCAACUUUCCUCCUCGACGUAUAGUAGUCAGGAGCGAGGCGACCAAGAAUGAGCGGAAUCAAGAUUUAGAUACCGAAGAAGGCGAAGAAGAAGAAUUGUACGAAAGAUUCAUUAGGGGAGAAUCCAUGGAUGAAGACGACGAAGAUUUUGAAUAUUACCCCUCCGAACCGGAACGAACCGGCUCCACCAGCCCUACUUCAUCGAGGUCUGAACAUGGCAGCGAGGAGGAAGAAGACAAGGAGGUUCCACAACAAGACACAAACGAGGCUCACCUCAUGUCGACGCCUUCUCACCGUAGUGACAGCCUCCUCAGUGAUUGGUCUGACGUUGCUGCCAUCCGACGAUCAUCUUCCAGCGGGACUGGAGACUCGCACACUGAGGCAGGGAGAAAUUGUGUGGUAUGCACAGUUGAGCCACGCCAAAUCAUAUGUUGGCCAUGUCGGUGAGUAACAGGGUGCGAUUUCUUCUGGGAAUCGAUGUGACACUAACUUCUCUGGCAGAUGUCUCGCGGUGUGUGAUGACUGCCGCGAAAAUCUUGCAUCGCGUUCGUCUGCAUCUACUCACACGUGUCCCUGCUGUCGAAGAAAGUGAGUAUCUUUACGGGGCCGUAAGGAAACGCCAUCUGACAUUUCAUUUGCUCAAGCGUGGAUGGGUAUUCGAAGAUCU